AUGUUGUCGUCGCACCCGCACGACGCGGCCAGCAUGCUGCCGUACGUGCCGCGCCCGCCGUCGCUGCUGGUGGACCGCCGCUACAGGACGGGUGCCGAGGUGGCGCCCAGCUGCCCGCGCUGCGACUCCCCCAACACCAAGUUCUGCUACUACAACAACUACAGCCUCACCCAGCCCCGCUACUUCUGCAAGGGCUGCCGCCGCUACUGGACCAAGGGCGGCUCCCUCCGCAACGUGCCCGUCGGUGGCGGCUGCCGCAAGAACCGCCGGGGCAAGUCCUCCUCCUCGGUGCGCCUGGCGGCCGACUCCUUCUCCGCCGGCCGGGACGCCGCCUUCGGCAGUUUCCCCUGCCCGCUCCGGCCGGACAUGGUCCUGGAAGGCAUGGUCGGCGGCAGCGGCCAGUUGAACCCUGGCCAGGCGAUGACCACCGCCGCCGACGGCUCGUCCAUCGACCUCGCAAUGCUCUACUCCAAGUUCCUCAACAACCAGCAGCAGCCGCCCGCCGAAGGCGCUGGCAGCCUCGUCGGCGCCGUCACGCCCGAUUCCACCAGCGACGAGGCGUUCGACACCUUCAGCGCGUCCAGCGACCUCAGCCCGGGCGCCGUUCUGGCGCCGCCGGGGCUGGACGGGUUCGGCGAAUGGUCUGGGCCGUUGAGCGCCGGCGCCGACCCCACGAGCACGACCAACAUGCUGUGCACGGACGCGAGCGUGCAGGCGGCGCUCGGCGAGCUCAACUUCGCCAUGGAACAGAGCUGCUUCGACUCGCUAGGGCUGCCCACGGACGGCGCCGCGGGCAACCUCUCCUCGUGGUGCUCCAUCGUGCCGAGCCUGUCGACGUGGGAGGAGCCCAAGUACGACUCGCUCGAUUCCUUCCCCGACGACGCCAUGAGCCUCCAUGAGGGCAUUCUUGCUGCCGAUCAUGACUGGACCGCGGAUUGCCAAGGCUUGGAGGCUCUCUACAUGCCCUGA